AUGGCGCAAGAGAUGCCUCCGGGACGACCGGGCAACCUGACGCCUGAGCAGGAGACGAAGCUCAAGGAGAUGUGGGCUGCGCUUCUAGACCUAUGCGGAGUAUCGCACGAGCAGAAUGGAACCGCGGCCGCAGUGAGCUCACCAACCCCAGCACCCCGAGAGACACCAGACAAGAAGACAAAGAAGAGCAGAUUAUCACUUUUCGGAAAGAAAGACAAGGAGAUUGCCGAUAGCGAGCCAGCAUCGGGUGUGGACAACGACAAGCACGGUCAGACGAAAGAGUUCCAGCAAGCGCUCGCUUCACUGUCUCCGGAGGCCCUUCGCGAUGCUCUCUGGAGCAUGUCGAAACACGAUCACCCAGACGCGCUCCUCCUGCGAUUCCUCCGCGCGCGAAAAUGGGACGUGCAAGCCGCGCUGGUCAUGUUGAUUGCGACCAUGCAUUGGAGGAGCCAAGAGAUGCACUUGGACGACGAGAUCAUGAUGCAAGGUGAAGGGCACGCAGUGCGACAGGCGAACUCUUCCGAUCCUGCGGAGAAGAAGGAGGGCGAGGACUUCUUGGUGCAAAUGCGGCUGGGCAAGUCGUUUUUGCACGGAGUGGAUAAGGAAGGGAGACCUUGCUGUUAUGUUCGCGCGAGAUUACAUCAUGGCGGAGAGCAGAGUGAGAAGAGUCUUGAGCGCCUCACUGUGUAUACUAUAGAGACUGCGCGGAUGUUGCUUCGGCCUCCGGUCGACACCGCGACCAUCGUCUUCGACCUCACCGACUUUAGCAUGGCCAACAUGGAUUAUACCCCGGUGAAAUUCAUGAUCAAAUGCUUCGAAGCCAAUUAUCCCGAGUCCCUCGGCAGCGUCAUCGUGUACAAGUCUCCAUGGCUCUUCCAAGGCAUCUGGAAGAUCAUCAAAGGCUGGCUUGACCCUGUGGUCGCCGGCAAAGUCCAUUUUGCCUCCAACCCCAACGAUCUCGAGCAGUGGAUCCCGCGCGAGCACAUGAUGAAAGAGCUGGGCGGCGACGAGGACUAUGUGUAUCAAUAUGUUGAACCCAAGGAGGGUGAAGAUGUGGAAAUGGCAAAGACAGCCGAGAAAGAGCCGAUACUGGCGGAGAGGAAGGAGUUGGUGGACUCAUUCGAAAGCGAGACGAUCUCAUGGAUGCACGGAAAUGACGCAGGCGAAGGCCGAUUGAGGUUGGCGCAGAGGUUGGCGGAGAAUUACUGGAAGUUGGAUCCAUAUGUGAGGGCCAAGUCGGUGUAUGAUCGAACGGGCGUGCUCGGGCCGAAGGGUGAGCUCAACUUCUACCCAGAGGAGAAGAAGCCGGUGUCUGCGUCUGCUGGAGGUGCGCAUGAUGAAUUGGAUUGA